UAGGUUAAAGUUUUCACCGAAUAACAGUUUAAAUUUUUAAAUAAUAAUGAAAAAUAUAAAUGUUGCCAUAUGGCAGUUUUGAAACUGCAGUGAUCCAUUUCUUGUUUGUAAUUUUAAUAGAUAGUGGCAUUGAUUAUAUUACUGCAGUUGUUUAUUUGGAAGUGUUUAUAGUAAUAUUAUUGAACUUAUGCAUAAAUGUCACAAUUCUGAUUUAUGUUUCAUGUCUUCAGAAAAGGCCAGAAGAAGAGUGCACUACUCAUUCUAACAAUAUGGAUGAGUCAGGCUUUUAAGAACAUUAAUUAAAGAUAACUGAUAAUGAUUCACUCAAUUUGAGUUUGUAGGAGUUCCAGGUUCCAAAGGAGUUUUAAAUAUCAGUUGAUAAAACAGUUGGAUGGAUGAAUGGAUUGAUAAAGGAAUAUAUGGAUGGAUGGAUGGAUGGAUUGAAGAAGGAAUGGAUGGAUGGAUGGAUUUAUGAAGGAAUUGAUGGAGGGAUGGAGGAAUAGAUGAAUGGAUUGAUUGAAAUAAUUGGGUUUUAUGGUUUUACUUUGAAUUCAGCUCUAAAAUAAAUGUUUAUAAAAUGGAUCAUUUCGAUCCUGGCCUCUGAUUGUCCAGUAUAACUUUCCAGCCAUGCUGAGCAAUACCAAUAUAAAAUCAAAGACGUAAAGUACAUCUAAAGAAAACAUCUGUCAUGAUUUGUAAGUCUUGUAACAACGCUGACCUCAGUGUGGACCUUCAGAAGUAGGGUGACUAAAUAGUUUUUUCCCCUCUACAAUCAGAUGUAGAAUAUUCCCCACCAAACUGAAAAAAGAAGGAACAGGAAAAAUAGAAGGACUUCACAGUGGACUAUUACCCAGCAGUCCAUGCAUAGACUUUAAGGAGGAUGGUGAGGGCUGAGGGUGGUGUUUGGGGCAAGAUUAUAAAGCCCACAGAUUUGCAUUUGAGGGAUGGACCUGAGCCAUAUCUGAAGACCAGAAUAUCUAAGACUUGUAGAUGGAGUCUCGUUGUGGACCAGUUUUUGACUCUUAAGGAACCCAGUUUGCUACAGUAGGAGGCUGACGUGGAUGUAUUCAGUGUACUCUACUCUCUAAAUUUUGAUGGUGCUGGAAUAUUCCCACUGCUCACUGACCUCCUGUAAGGAUUCCUUUGAAGUCUCCAUCUGUAACACAUCCAUUGAUUUGAGGAUCCAGGAAUCAAUUCUGCCAUCAUUUUGGCUUACUUCACUCUAUUCCAAAUCAAUCGUUACGCCCUGAAAACACCUUUAGUUCAAUCCUCAUAACAGAUGCUAUCACUGGGAAUUACAGAAGCAACUAUUUCUUCCUUCAAGUAGGCUUUGGAGAGGAGGCCAAGAGAGUGCUUCAUUUUAAAGUGCAUGAAGGAACGGCCAUACAUGGAGUCCAGGUGUCUGUAGUUCUGAGAUCUCCCUCUGAAAACCUUCUCAGCCUCUUGUGAGAUUGAGAAGCCACUUGAAACUCGGAAAGAAAAAUAAAGGCAAGAGUCUUAAAAAAUUGCAUAAAAAGGAGGGAGAACGCCUACAAAGGAAAGAAUGGACACAGUUGAGAGGAAAUAGUCUCUUGCUAACUUCAGAAAGCCUCAUCACUGACUAAUAAAAAUUUGAAACGGCACAGCGCAGCAACAAAUCAGUAUUCUCCGGCAGAGCCUGCAAGAUAUGGCCAAGAGGGUUAACCCUUUAGAUGGCUGAACUGAUUCUUUGAACAGCCACAAUCUGCAAACAAAUGACUUGAAUUGAUGAAUUUUAAUGGGUUAUUUCAGGAUCAGUUUUGAUAAAUGGAGAUCCUGAGAUUCAAAUGACUUUGACACUUUGACAGCCCCAAAUUUUUGUAGCAGAUAAUGAAAACAUUCGCCUACUUCCAUUUACCUCAGAGGAUUCCUUCCUAGUGUUUUAGAUGUACAGACCAACCGAGAGACUUAACUAGUCUGAGAUCCUCAGCUCGGAUGAUUAGUUUGGAAAGACUUUUUCUGGUCCAGAAAGGUUCAGAAAAUCUUCUCAGGGCUGACUUUGCAUAUUUGUUUCAGUAACGACGUAUAGCCACCAAAUUAAAGAUGGCUGCCGGAGUGGCAACAUGGCUACCGUUUGCCAGGGCGGCGGCUGUUGGCUGGCUUCCUCUGGCCAAGAAGACCAUGCCCAAACCGCCCGUGGACAAAAAGAGCCGCAACGACGAGAUCCUCUUCGUAAACGUGAGCGGGCUCCGUUUCCAGACAUGGAAAAACACGCUGGACCGCUAUCCCGACACUCUGCUGGGCAGUUCGGAAAAGGAGUUUUUCUUCAACGAGGACACUCAGGAGUAUUUCUUCGACAGGGACCCAGAGAUGUUUCGCCACAUUUUGAACUUCUACCGUACGGGUAAGCUUCACUACCCCCGGCAGGAGUGCAUUCAGGCCUUCGACGAGGAGCUGGCGUUUUACGGCAUCGUGCCGGACAUCAUCGGAGACUGCUGCAUGGAAGAGUACAGGGACCGCAAGAAGGAGAACCAGGAGCGUCUGGCUGAGGACACGGAGGCCGAGAUGGCGACAGACACCCCUCUGCCGCCUCACAGCACAUCUCGGGAGCGCUUGUGGCGCGCCUUCGAGAACCCCCACACAAGCACCAUGGCGCUCGUUUUCUACUACGUCACGGGUUUCUUCAUCGCCGUCUCGGUUAUAGCGAACGUAGUGGAAACUGUCCCCUGCCGACCCCUCAAAGGUAGCAAGAAAGACUUGCCGUGCGGUGAGAAGUACUCGCUGGCGUUUUUCUGCAUGGACACGGCCUGCGUGCUCAUCUUCACGUUCGAGUACCUCAUGAGGCUUUUCGCCGCGCCCAGCCGCUGCAAGUUCAUGCGCUCGGUCAUGAGCGUAAUCGAUGUCGUCGCCAUCAUGCCCUACUACAUCGGCCUGGUCAUGCCUGAGAACGAGGACGUGAGUGGCGCGUUUGUCACAUUGAGGGUGUUCCGCGUCUUCCGGAUCUUCAAGUUCUCACGUCACUCUCAGGGCCUGCGGAUCCUGGGUUAUACUCUGAAGAGCUGUGCUUCUGAGCUGGGCUUCCUCCUGUUUUCCCUUACCAUGGCCAUCAUCAUAUUUGCAACCGUCAUGUUCUACGCCGAGAAAGGCACCAAGGGGACCAACUUCACCAGCAUCCCAGCCUCCUUCUGGUACACCAUAGUCACCAUGACAACACUUGGGUAUGGAGACAUGGUUCCAAACACCAUCGCAGGAAAGAUCUUCGGCUCUAUCUGCUCUCUCAGUGGCGUGCUGGUUAUCGCCCUUCCUGUACCCGUCAUUGUGUCUAACUUCAGCCGAAUCUACCAUCAGAACCAGAGAGCUGACAAGAUGAGAGCCCAGCAGAAAGUCCGACUUGCCAGGAUUCGCUUGGCCAAGAAGGGAACCACCAACGCCUUCCUACAGUACAAAGAAGAAGGAGGAUUUCAGUUUCGAGAGAGUGACAGUGCUCUGUGUCUGAAGAACAGAUCUUCUUUUGAGCACCAACAUCAUCACCUGCUACAUUGUCUGGAAAAGACAACCAAUCAUGAGUUCACAGAUGAGCUGACGUUUAGUGAGAUGUGUAUGACUGAGUCGGUAGGCUAUCGUACAAGCCGCAGCACUUCCAUCUCUAGCCAGCAGGGGGUGACGACGUCCUGCUGCCCCCGCAGAGCUAAGAGAAGAGCCAUCCGCCUCGCCAACUCCACCGUAUCCGUCAGCCGGGGCAGCGUACAGGAGCUGGACACUCUGCAAGUGCACAAAACCUCUGCUGGACCACAAAGCAGCCGCUCCAGUCUCAACGCCCGGACAGAAGACCUGAAGCUAAACUGUGAGGAUAGAGAUUUCACAGCGGCUAUAAUCAGUAUACCCACCCCUCCCGCCAACACUCCUGACGAGAGUCUGCCGCCCUCUCCUGCCAUUCCCGGAAUCUUACGCAACUCUCGCUCUUCCUUCACCCAUGAGACAGUGAAGAUCUCCUCCUUAUAACCGCCACAAGCACACAAGCAUCCCUCUAUUGCACAACAGAAAGGAAGCGAUGGGGGCUUCUCCCAGGAAAGAGCGCAACGCCACAGAAAAGACAAAGUGCAUCUCGUAACGAAUCUGCUUCAUUCCAAAUCGACAAUUCGACGCGGACUCGCAUGAGCUGACGUGUUUUUUUGUUCGUACGCGCUUGGAGGAGACUGAAAAGACAAACUCAAUCAGACGCAUUUUACAAUGAUAAAUCAGCAGUUAUAGUGGCACAGAAGGCCUUUUACUUUUAAAGAUAUGCAAUGUUUCAACAAGCAGGAAUUAUGCCUAUACAUCCACUGCGUAAUACAGUUGCAGGAGAGAUUACAAAAGGUGGGAAUGAACGUGAAGUAGGAAAAAUGCUAUGACAAAAAAGAUGGAGGUGGUGUACUGUAUAUGUAUCAAUAUUUGUAUCAUACCUCUUUAGAUCACAUGCAUCUUCAAAACCCCACAAAAAAAAGAAGAGAUUUCUGAGCAAUCCUACCCAAACAUGCAUGUUGUUGUAUAGUAGAUACCAUGGCAGAGAAUGGAGCCGCCAACAUGCUACUCUCACAUACUUUUGCAUGAAACUUCUUUUACCUCUAUUUCGUUUGUCCUGUUUUCUUUUUUGACAUUGAUUAAAAAAAGAUAUUUACAGAGUAUUAAUGAUCAAACGUGCUGCACCAGAUGUGCACAUUAGAAAAAAAAAGAAUGAUAAACAAAAAACAAAACAACAAAAAAACAUUCAGGCAUGUUCUUUGCAAAAAUCUAAGGCUGGAUAGUGCGUGCGUGAGUGUGUGCGUGCGUGCGUGAGUGUGUGAGGGCCGAUUGGGAAGGACUUGUGUUAUUUGAUCACAGAUAUGCAUGGAUACCGUUGUAGGUAUUUUUAAUGUGUUUUCUCCCAUGGGAAAAUGAAGCGUUUCUAUAGCAUUUUAAAGCGGAUCGAGGGCGUUUACCACUGUCAUUAAGUUUUACAGCAGUAAUUAGAGUCACUUCAACUUAUUUUUCAUUUGGCUUGGUAAUUAAGUGUAACCUUUAAACCCUAGCUAGCUAUUUUUAUACAGUAGUUCAUGCAUCGAACACGGAUAUGUCCAGUGAGCCAUUUCUCUGAUUUGUUUUGAUGCUCUGUUAAUGUUUAUUUAAAAUUCCUAAGCAGCAAUGAGACAGGCAAUAAUAGUGUAAUUAUUUUUUACUACAACUGAAAUGAAAGAUACGAUUAUCUAUGGAAAUGAGUGCAAAACGGGAGGAAUGCAAAUUUGCACUUGACUGUGAUGAAAAAUAUAUUUGUUACUCUGUUUACAAGCAUUGUUAUUUUUAUGUUCGUUUUGGUUCUGUCUUUUUUUCUCCCCUCUCUCUCUCUCUCUCUCUCUCUCUCUCUCUCUCUCUCUCUCUCUCUCUCUCCCCAGCUUCAUAAAACGGUGUGAAGUGGUAAAUUUAGUAAUUGGUCAGGCACCUGCUCAUUUUCGGCAGGGGGUUUUGGAUGAAACGGCUCCUGGUAGACGACUAAAGAGUUAGAUAUCAAAAGCACAGAGGUGUAAAGUCUAUUCCACAAAUAAAGUGAACAGAACUCAGAAAACA